AUGUCUGAUGGUGCCAAUCUCAAUGACACCAAAGGCCGACUUGCUUUGAUCACUGGUGCAUCUGGAGGAAUCGGCUCUGCGUGCGCUCGUGACUUUGCAAGCCAGGGCGUUCAUCUUGCCCUUACAUUUUCUUCCAGUGAGCAAAAGAUUCGCGACUUUGUCUCGUCUCUAGGCCCUAUUAUAUCAAAGCAUUCUAUUAUAGUAUCUAUUCAUAAAGUUGAUUUGGAAGAUACCAAGGACUAUGAUGGAUUAUUUAAAGAAAUUCAGCAGCAGCAUGCAAGACCUGUUGAUAUUUUGAUUUCCAAUGCCGGAUAUGGAAAAAGAAUCCAAGAUGUCUGGAAUAUACCACUCGAGGAAUUCAACCGGAUGAUCUCUAUCAACCUGACUGCCUCUUUCUUGCUGGUCAAGGGUGUCGUCGAAGGAAUGAGAGAUCAGCGCUGGGGCAGAAUUAUUUUCAUAUCGUCCAUCGCUGCUUAUGGAGCGGGACUAAAUGGUUGCCACUAUGCUGCGUCCAAAGCUGGAACGAUUGGAAUGAUGAGGAACCUUUCCUCUCGUCUUGCUGAAUUUAACAUUUCUGUGAAUGAUGUGGCUCCUGCCAUGGUUGGCAGCACAGGUAUGCUGCCUGAUGAAUCAACCGUGCCAGGCCUCACAGACUCUAUUCCUUUGCGGAGAUUAUGCACGCCAAUCGAAGUCGCGAAUGCUGUAACUAUGUUUGCGACGACUGGAUUCGCUACGGGUCAAAGCCUGGUGGUGGGUGGUGGAUUGCGCUAA